AUGUCAAUAUCAAUUUAUCCUCCCACCUCGAAAAUGAUCUCUCUAGAUUCCCUAGCCACAGAGCUCCUAGUCCAAAUCGUCGACUACAUCUCCCCCCUUGGUGACCUCAACUCCGACUCUGACUUCCCCACGCUCAAGAACCUCAGCCUCACCUGCCACCGCCUGCACUCCAUCUGCUUCCACCCCCUCUUCGCCUCCAUCCGCCUCGAGCUAGAAUACAGCACCUCCACCACCACCAUCACCCGCCUGCGCGACUUCGUGCGCACCCACCAGCUCCAGCCAACAAUCACCCACGUGACCAUCAACUUCGAGCACAACUGGAACGAGUCCAAGAACGGCCUCGAGCUCAAAAAGCUCCUUUGGGAGCUGCGCGCCUCGUCCCUAACGCUCUCGCUGCCGCGCCCCGCGUCCUCCGUCCGCGAGAAGUGCGCAAAGUGGAGCUACAACCUCGACACGCUGCAGGCGCUGAAGGUGAGCCUGCUGGACGACGACAACGAGCUCAAGAUGCUGCUGCUGCGCGUGUGCCCCGUGCGCCUGCUGGUGGUGGAGGAUGGCUGCUUCCGCCUAAUGUAUGAGAGCGACGAUGCGCACUUCCACCACAGCCCGACGCAGUGCCCGGGGGUGGCGCUCAUGAAGCCGGGGAUAUUUCCGAACCUGGCGAGGGUGGUGUAUUCGGCGGCGUGGCCGAGUUAUCAUCGGUUUGAUAAUUUCUUGGGGUUUGUGUGCCGGUUGCCGGUGCUGCGGGAGUUGGGGAUCACGUUGAUGGGGGGGCAGGAUGAGGGGCUGAACCUGGGGAGGGAAGGGUAUAGGUGGAGUGGGGAUUCGGUGAGGUAUAGAGAGAUCGUGGCGGAGUACGCGUUAUUGACGAGGAAGGUGGAGCGCAGUAUGGAGGGGUUGAGGGUGAUACGGAUCGGGGAUAUCAUGAUACCAUGGAAAGAGGUUGUGGGGGCGCCAAUGGGAUGGAGAGAGGAUGUGAGUGGGCAGAAGGGGGAUCUCGGCGGGGAUUGGAACGGGGUCGGGGUCUGGAGGAAGAUGCCCCCGAUCAAGAUAGAGACAGUGGGAGGGAACUCCUAA